AUGUCUAUUGCUGUAGCCAUGCGCCCACGGGAUAAUCAAACCACCUGCUCAUGGACGAUCCAGACAUACAUUGAGGAGUCCUCGCGCCGCACUCGGAAGUAUGUUCAGGGUGCUUGCGUCGCUUCUGAGGUAAUUGCUUUACCGUCGGGCUCUAUAAAAACUUAUAUAUACGGUAUCCAGUACAUGACACGCAAUUUUCUCGACCUAGAGGGCCUCAUAAAUCGCGCGCGAGCUGAGUGGUUACAGCACAUACAGAAAGCGGAUACCCCGAUACGCGGUAUUUCCUCCAGACUCAGUUUGGGAAGGAGUAUGCGGACAUUGAUCUUGGAGCUUGCUUCUAAAAUUUGCUACAGUCAUAGUCUCGAUCCUGUUGAAGAUAUGGAGGAAGCGGGUGGAUUCUGGGAUAGUAUGGAAGACGCUGGGCCGUAUGGGCAAUACCUGUAUAUCCUUAGUAUGCUGAGCUUAACGUCCGAAACCGCUUCAUCGACCAAGAAAACACUGCCAAAGAAAUACUUGGCUCUUGGAUAUAACAUGCCAUCAAUUGCUGUGUCACCUCUCCCUUCAAGCAUUACUAGAGGGUUUCCUACAUCUUCAGCCAUCAACUUAAUCGUACUAAAUGUAGUCAGCUACCCAAGUAUCAAGGGGAUGACUCUGCGUAAUGCCCAUGAUUUUGUUCACAAACACCAUUCUUCUUCAAUGGCCACUCACUCAUAUUUAUCCAGACUUCCAUAUCUACUGGCUAGCAUCGGCGAUUCAAUACGACAUUUCCAUCCAAUUACGCAAUUACGUGAACGUAUGGUACCUUUCGUCCCAUCAAGAACCAAUAUCGGUUUAAACACUCCUAGUUUGAAGCAACAUGAGAAUUUCCGUCCGAAUCCUGACACCUUCAGACUGGAAUGCUGGCUUGAAGAGGACGAUGGAUAUUUAACGAAUGAGAACGAUCCAUUAUUUCAUGUUCCGGUAUGGCUCUACUAA